AAAAAUUCGAUGGGUCACAGAAACGCACUGCGAUUGGCUGCGACUCUGGUGACGUCACAUGCAAGUAAACAAACAUCGCGUUGAACCUCCAUCUACUUCGGUGGAAUGUUAUUGGAAAAAGCCAACAUUGUCAAGAGUAGGGACUACUCUGAAGUACAUCACGGUGCAGCAGAUGUCGAAAAAGGAAGUACCGGACAGACCAAGUACAUCAGCACUUUACACAGACUUUAUUUUGGAAGCCAAAAAAAGAAAACUUCAACACUGUGAAUUGAUAAAAUAUCAGGACAUAAUGAAGACAACUUUCAACAGAGCUGCUAUCAGUGCAAUUGAAGAAGCAACAAGAAUGCAGUACAAGAGCAGCUUGUGGUAUGAGAUGAGGUAUGGCCGUAUCACAGCUUCAAAGGCACAUGAAGUGAGCGUAUGUCAUACACCUGAUGGUUCAUUGGUUGCUACUAUAAUGGGCGCAAAAAUACCAGAUACUAUUGCAAUGAAAAGAGGUAGAAGUUUGGAGCUAUCUGUCCGGAAGACAGUUAGUACAACAUUGAACAAAAAAAUCAGAACAUGUGGACUUUAUGUGUGCCAAGACAAUCCCAUGCUUGCAGCAUCUCCUGAUGGUUUAUUGAAAGAUACCAUUGUUGAAAUAAAAUGCCCUACCAAAGCAAAAGCUAAGAACAAUCAUUUAAAAAAUGGAAUUAUUUCAGAGAAAUGUAAGGCACAGGUUCAAUUACAGAUGCAUGCAACUGGUAUGAAAAAAUGUUAUUUUUGUGUUGCUGAUAGCAACUUUGAAGAAACAAAAAAUGUAGAUAUUAUUCUAGUGAAGUACGAAGAUGAUUAUGUCAACAACUUAAUAAAAAACUUGUAUAUUUUUUGGAAAAAAAAUAUAUAUCCUAUUUUGUAUCGUAGCACUAGUCUGUGA